UGAAGUUUGACCUGUUAAGACGCUUUAUCUUUUGUAACUGCUGUCAUCUUAUAUUUCGAAAAAAAUGUUCAGAGUUAAAAUGCACGAGUCAAACUGGAAGCUAUUAAAUAACGAAUUUGCUGACUGACCCAACACAGAAGAUAAUUGAAAUAAAAAUGCAGGAAGCUUUGAGAAGACCUGUGUCAAAAGAUAGAACAAAUCAGCCUUUAUCUGAAAACUGGUUUGAAAAAAGACAACAGUCAGAAAACAACAGUGGACCAAAAAGACUUGUUUCCGGUAGCUUCCAACAUCCAAGAGGAAGUACAAGUCUUCAGGUUGAUGCUGCUCGAAAAGGACCCAUACCAGAGCAAACUGGAAAGCCAUUGAAGCAAAUAUCUGAGCCAUUUCCCCACAACAAAAGAAACAGAAGCACAUCAGACAGAAGCAAAAAAGGUUAUAAUGCCAACAGACCUGCUCCAAAAUCAGUGGAGAGGCCGAAGUCAGAGGUUACAAAAAGUAGCACUUUCGAAGUGAAGUCAUCAGAUUUUCCAGAAUUGGGUGAUAUUACUUCAAACAAAACCAAACAUCUCUUUAGCCAAGAACCACAACUAUGCUGGGGUUCAAUCAAGUCGCCACUACUUCAGAGUUCACCAACAGCUGCUAAUAAGGAUGCAGCUGGAAACAAUGGACUGAAACCAAAGUCAACACAGCAAGUCCCCUUAAUAAAGAAGUCAGAAAGUCCACUAACUGCCAGACCAGGCCAAGAAAUUGGGCUUGUGUUACCUAACCCUCAUGGAUCACCAGCAGCAUCCUGGGCCAACAUUGCCUCUCAGCCUCCCAAAGUUAUUCAGAAGAUUUCUACCGUGUGUGGUGCAUCCUCUCAGGAGGAUACACAUCAGCCAACUCAACAGAACACUAAGAAGAAGAAAAAGAAGAAAAAAAAGCAAUCUAAUUCAGUGUCUGAGAGUCAGGAGGAGGAGGCAGACCAUAAACAGUUACAACAGGCACCUCCCAAGUUUGAGGAUGAAGAGGAGUUCCCAGACUUGUCUUCAGCUUCUGGUAAUCUGAAUAAAGGACCAAAGCAAACAGCAAAUUCAGUAAUUCAGGAAAGUACAUGGAUAACUGAGAGAGAUGGAUCAGCAGUGCAAGUAGAAAAUCUACACAAGAGCAAAAUCACUAAUGAAAAGCCUGUCUCUACUGCCUCAAAGAAAGGACAGGCAAGUCAGAAGAAAAGCAAGGUUCCUGUUCAGCUUGAUCUUGGGAACAUGUUGACAGUUUUAGAGCAGAAACAACAAUCUCAGAAAUCCAAAAAUGAUGUUAAACCUCUAACACUUUCAGUUGGAGGAGCAUUACCUGUUGUCCACAAAGAGCCAGCAGUACAAAAGAAGCAUCCAUGGAAGCAAGAGAGGGUAGCUCACAACCCACUGGAUUCCACCAGUCCUUUGGUCAAAAAAGGAAAACAGCGAGAGGUUCCUAAAGCCAAAAAGCCGUCACCUCUUAAAAGAAUCAUUCUGAAGGAGAGAGAAGAAAGGAAACAAAAUCGCCUGCUAGAGGAAAGAGAUCCAGCCCGGAUGACGGAUGAAGUCAGUCAGGUGGAGUCACCGACCAGUGAGAAUCCAUCUGAGAUCACAUCAGAACAAGCAACUCAUGAACCAUCAAGUGACCAAAGUUGGAUUGAGGAGGGUGACCAAAUGAGUUCAGAAGUAAACGAACCUAAUAACUCUGCUGAAGAAACCACACCUUCUACAAACUGCAAUCCAGUCCCCAACCCCAGCCUACCUAAAAUCCACAGCAGGAAAUUCAGAGACUACUGCAGCCAGAUACUGAGUAAAGAUGUAGACGAGUGUGUGACCACACUACUGAAAGAGCUGGUGAGGUUCCAGGAUCGGCUUUACCAGAAGGACCCCAUGAAAGCUAGAAUGAAGAGGCGACUGGUCAUGGGGCUCAGGGAGGUCCUGAAACAUUUAAAGCUCAGGAAAGUCAAGUGUGUUAUCAUCUCUCCAAACUGUGAACGUGUACAGUCUAAAGGGGGUCUGGAUGAUGCUCUUCACACUAUCAUUGAUACCUGUCGGGAGCAAGGAGUACCCUUUGUCUUUGCCUUGUCAAGGAAGUCUUUGGGACGCUGUGUAAGCAAAGCUGUUCCGGUCAGUUUGGUGGGCAUCUUUAACUAUGAUGGAGCACAGGACCAUUAUCACAAAAUGAUUGAGCUCACAUCACAGGCCAGGCAAGCUUAUGAAGUAAUGGUUACUAAUCUGGAGGCAAAUUCGCACGAACAGCAGGAAGUUGAAAAUGAGAAUGAACAGGAAACAGAGCCACAAGCAGAACCCCUUGCAGUAGAGGAGCCUGAAUACAUUAAAAUUUGGAAGAAAAUGCUGGAGAAAGACUACAAUCACAAGGUCCUGCCUUUGGAGGAGCAGUUUUCUUCAAUGGCCUUCAGCCCAGAUUCAGACAAACUGCUGAACGACCAUGAAGGAAGUUGAUAAUUUUUUAUAAUUCACUAGUUUUUCUAAGGAAUACACUACUGCAUCGUGAAUUAAUCAAACAUUAUUGAUAUAAAAUCAUUUAUUUUAUUAUGUGUGUAAAUGUUUACAGUAGCUUAAAGUAAAUUUCACUGCCACAGAUAGGAAACCAAUUAACCACUUUGUGUCACAUCCUGUGAAUAUGUUCAUUAUGUUAAAUAUUAAAAUAAUUGUUUUGCCUUUGUGAUCAUGGAUAAAAGUGCAAACAAAAUGUAUGUCAGUAUUCACUCUUUCUCUUAACCUAAUUGUUUAGAAAUAUCCAAUCCAGUCUAUUAAACAGCAUCACACACUCAUUUAUUUACACACUUACUUGUACUUAUAGGCCAAUUAGAGCAGCCAGUCCGUCUCCUACGUUUUUAAAAUAUAACAGAAAAGCAGAUUACUUGGAAAAAAAUUAUACAGGUUUAUACUUCAUUAUACAAGUUUUAACACCACCUCUGUGAGUGUUCUGGAGGAACGCUGUCCAUGUAGUCACAGAGUGCUGUGAUAAUGUGGUUUAAUAAUGUGUGGUAGUACUGGUGCAAGAGGGCACUGCAUACAUUCCGGUUUUUAGUUCAGUUAGAGACAUUUAAAGGUUAAUGACUGGCAAACCAUAAUAACAGCUUUUUGUGAGUUAAAAAGCAACUCUGAGUGUAUUAAUGUGUACACAAAAAGCCAGUUUAUUGCUUCCCAACAAGGAAAACUUUGAGCUAAUUCAAAAAGUCUGUUGUAUUUACAACCAUAGUAUGUGCAUUUUUUACAAUAUAAUUUUGUAUAUGUAGCAUGCUCCUUUUAUCGCCUGUUAGAAGCAGUUACAUUUACAUUCAUGCUAUUUAGCAGACGCUUUUAUCCAAAGUGACUUGCAAUUAUGAGCAAAUACAAGCCUAACCUUGCUCAAGAGCCCAACAGUGGCAACCUGGCAGAGGUGUGGCUUAAACCAGCAGCUUUCCCAUUACUAGUACAGUACCUUAACUGGACUACCACUGCCCUUGCCAAUUUAACAUACAAUGAAACAAUAGAAAGGCAAACAAUGUAGAUCAUCUGGUACUGUUGCACAAAAUGAAAUCUCCAUUUUAAAAAUAUUGACAAAUUAUACAUAUUACAGUGGUUUGUGAGUUAUUUUCCACCUGUAAUAAAUCGAAAACUGUACAAAAAAACAUUUUGGUGUUAUAUCUUAUAAACUUUUUUAGUUCCAAAUUUGAUGCAUGCAAUACUGUCCAUAAGAGUUGAACUUUUAUUAACCAUUAAGUAAAUAAACACUUUGAUCUUAAGCUGUGUAACUAUACUUGACCUUAGUUGUCAUAUGUGCUUUAUAAUGCAACAUGUUUUCAUUAGCAGACAGGAUGUCCGCUGGACUGCAGGCAGGCCAGUUCAGCACCCACACUGUGCACUUGUACCGUGCAAAAUGUGGCUGUUAUUUGAAGUCUAUUUCGGGAACUUUCAGGAGGCUCCUGAACUUUAUGUUGGUAAACAUGACAGCCAUUGCUUCUAUAACCAAACUAAAAGAUUGAAUCUCCAGGCAACAACAGUCUUCAGUUUGCAUUAGCCUAUUUCAGGUGAGCUCAAGCCCAGGAGAGCCAGUAACAUUUACGUAGGCUGUUGGCAGAUGGCUUCUACUGUGCAUUAUAAGGUCUAAGUUGCAUUUGUGCAUACAGUAACCAAUGGUGUUUGCUGGCAACUAAAUAUUCCUGGGACCAGUUGAUGAUAUCAAUCACAGAAGCAUGCCAGUUUUUACUGCAUUACCAUCAGCAUUGACAUGUUUGUUUAUGCAGAACUAGGCUUUGUCCCCAUAAUUACUAUAUAAUAAUUUUUUAAUAAGAUGAUCAGGCAAACUGGAACUCCCAAAACACAUUUGUAGUUCUUAGUUGAUGGCAAUGAGACUAAAGCAUAGCUGAACAAUGAAACACAACUGAUAUUAACAACUGAUUCUGCAUCCUUUUCACUUAGUGGAUUCAAGGACUUCUUGAGGGCAGCUUUGCUUUACACUUUGUGACUGUAGCUAGCGGCAGAAAAUGUUAAAUGGUGCCACUCUGUGGUACCAUGCCAGCUUGGUUUAUUAAAUAGAAAUAACACUAAUGUGAUUUGAGCGUUCUUAUUGGGUAGUUAAGAUACCAGAAUUAGGAAAUAAAUGAACACUGUACAUUCAUGUGACUGAAUGAUGGAUAGCAAACAAAGCUGUCAUUAAACACCCUUCUAUGAAAGACCAAUAUGGAAAAUUUGCAAUGUGAAAAAUCCUAUGAUAUACCUCUAUUGAACCCCAUUUAAUUACAUUGUUAAUUGCAAAUAGUGUAGUAGUAAUUGUCUAAUUUAGAACAUGACCUAAAGAGUAACCAUGUAGUCCUGAGAAUGUGUGCCCACCUUAUCUGGGUGAAUAGAUUUACCAUGAAUCUCUUUGCUUGGACAUUCAUGAUUUUUUCCUUUGUGCAUAUCGAUAGUACUGCUGUCUUUUUCAAGCACAAGUACAAUGUCACUGUAAAUCCCACUGACUUUACUGUAGUCCUCUUUUUCUUGUGUUGUGGGGUUUAGCUUACAGUCUGCUCUAUGCUUUUCUUUAGCAUAUUCUUCGAACCCAUCAGGACAAAGUUCAUUUUGCUCCAUGCUGGAUAUACAGCUUGACCGACAGUUUCUGACCAAGUCUUUCUCAGAUUUUAUCUGACUGUUCUGAUAAACUACCAUUCUUUGCUGAUGGUUCACGUCUUGGGUGUAGAAAGUGUCUAAAGAUGCAUAUAAAGAUGUAGAUUCAUGAUCAGAACCUUGACAGUUAUGUACAGCUGGUCUUUUCCAUUGUAAGCUUUGAGUGGUAUUUAGCUUAUUCCAGAUUCUUUGUGUUGACGCGGUGUUGCAGCAGUGAACUCCAUCUUCAUGGUGUGAAAAAUUAUGAUCUGUUUCUUGAUAUUUUUGAGGAGCUUUACUUUCAGAUGUCUCGCUGUCCUCCUCACUGUUGAGCACCACAAGAUACUCCACCUGCUCUUUGCAGUCUGGUGUUGCAAUGAUGCCUUGAAAGUUCAGGGUGCCGAAUAUAUCUUCUGACUUGUCUGUCUGUAAAAGAUGGCACAAAAUGUAUGAUCCUAAUUUGGGGCACUAAGGUUGUGAGUAAAAUUUGCAAUUUGUUAUAUUCUAAGCCAUUUCUAUUUAAGGCAAGCUCUCAGCAAGUAAGACAGUCCUAAACUAAAGGACAUUUUGUGUGUGUGUGUGUGUGUGUGUGUGUGUGUGUGUGUGUGUGUGUGUGUGUGUGUGUGUGUGUGUGUUGCAAACUGUAUAAGCUGUACUAAAUACAAGGCUGUAUUUUCAAAUUAUUUGUCUUUAUACAACCGAUUCUGAUCAUAUCAAAUAUCUAAUCAGUUUAUCUAUUAAUAAUAAAUGGAUCUGACAGUAAAACUAA